AUGGGCGUGGGCGCGUCACGACCAACGACCACCGCGACGGAGGAUUUGGGCUCCUUGUCGACAGGGAGUAGCGACCUCUGGAGCGCCGCGCGCACGUGCCCCGCGGCCCGCUCUCGCUCGGCGGCGAAGAAUGCCUUUGCGCCGUCUGAGAUGGUGGAUAUCCUUUGGCCGCGUUGGGUAGCGAGGAUUGGUGUGACGCGAUCCACGCAGGCGUGGUUUCUGACGGCCGACCGUCAGAAGGGCGGUGUAAGAUCUUCUUUCGGGGUCGGCGAGAUUCUCUGGAAGGCGGCGAACGCGCUGUGGGCAGAACAAGCUGACGCGGGCCCGUCGCCAGACGACGCAGGGCAGAAGACGGGUCUAUAUUCUCAAAUAUUCUUCAUAUUCCUGCUGAAAAUCGCUGAAAAUCGCAUCGAAAAAGAAUAUAGAAUCGGAAGAAUAACGAGAGAGGUGUCCUUUUUUAUUUAUUUAUUUGACGCGGGCCCAGACCUCGACGAGGAUCGAGGCUCCCUGGAUUUUUCGUGA